CGCCACCCUGUCUGUGCAGCGUGGUUGGCUCGAGAUAGUCGUCGCUUUCGCCGGACCACGUUAUCGCACGGAGAAUCUGAAGAUGGAGAAAGAAAAAAAAAAACUCGGUCUGCAGCAGGAAUGGCGGGCGCUAUUCUCCUUGCCCUGAGCAUUCUGGCUCGAUCCCUUUUGUAGGUGCUGCAUGGCUCAUGAUGGCGACCUUGCGACCUAACUCAUAAAUCCUCGUCUCAUCCGCGAAGGUGUCGACGCUGGAGUGUCGAUUCUUGAAACCGCGAAAGCUCAAGCUACAAGCAACAUGGCUGCUAGUUCCCUUGCUUCGUCCGUAGAAAGUCGGACUCGGAUUACGAGCCCUGCCCUUGCUAACUUGUCGCUGCAUUUGCCAUCUUUGGAUUCGAGGUCGCAGCACUUUUUCGAGGCAGCCAACCCAAACCCGAGCUUGGGAGUUGUGGAGGAACGUCGUCUGUCACAGACCAGUUCGAUCUAUGACGACGAUGACGAGUGGAACAGACGGAUCUCGAGGUUAACAAUACAACCUCUCUGUCAAGUGGGCAACCGUCCCGACGCUCGAUUGACUUCAAGGGAAACUCCGAGGACGAUCUCUUGGCCGAACGAAGCAUUGGACGGGCAAUCCCAAAGUCCAGAUCUGCUUAAAGCUGCAUCAGCAGCUCAAGGACAGCGUCUUGAAGUAAAUCGCGAUUUGCGCACCCGCAACCUCUGCGUUUUCGCGCUCGUUCUAGGUAUACUGGCUGGGAUUGCGUCCUUGGCUGCUGGCUGCCAGAUCGUGGCAUCGGGACGGACGCUGUUGCCAUCAUUUCUACUCGAUAAGUACAUCAACAUGGGAACGGUGGAUUAUCCAUUUCCAGCGAAAACAGCCAAGCAUUACCUUAGCGGACAUAGGGUAGUUCCUGUCCCUGAAGCUGCAAUGCUUAUGAUUGGGUUUGUUCUGAACGUAUGCCUGACAGUUCUCUUCGACUGCAUGGCUUUCAUCCAAAACACAACUUUGCGAUGGGCUCUCUGCAAAGAAGGAAGACUUGUGUUUAAUUCGAAUCCUCGUCUUUUUAUUGGAGCACGGCAUUUUGCACCUAACUGGCGCGUCUCGAAUGCUGUCUCCGCUUUGGCUCUUACAAUGGGAUAUGGAUCAAUAUCCUCCCUCACGUGUAGCAUCUACGUUGUCGGUAUGUCUAACGGCAGGAGCGGGAUCGCUGAAGGUAAACCAAUCACCGGACCGCGGUAUGCCAUUGACUUCAGUGGGUGGGGUUUCAUUGGUCUUGGUAUAUCACUCCUCCUCCAAGGCUCAAUAUCUUCCUGGUGCCUUUCCCGGAGCAAGAUUGUUCCCACGUGGAGUUCCAAUCCGUUCAACACUGCCCUAAUAUGCGCACUACUUGGGCUUGCCGACAAAAACAGGACCAAAAAACCAAAACUCCUCGCGGCCGACGCGAUCAUGUCCGCCCAGAAGCUUCCAAAUCAUGUCGAAGCGAAACCGACGUGGCUCACUCAAUCUGACUACGGCGAAGGCAUAACGCUCGCGGUUCCGCAGCGAAAGCAACUACCGAUGAGGUUGGAAGUCCCUCAUAGCAGCCGGUUCACAUAUUUCGCCUGGGCUGUUUUCGCGGUUAUCGUUCUUUGGAUCCUCGUCAUCACGACAUUCGGCAUGAAGACAAGGAGCUGUACAAGUGAUUACGUCGACCACAUGGCCCAUCGACUAGACUUCCUUGCCUUUUGGCAGAAUUACUGUCAAGUGACCAUACCUUACUACGUCGACCCUUUCUUCAACCGCCGCGACUGGCUCGGCCUAAUAAUUCAAUGCGCAGUGUUUUCAUUCAUCACCCUCGGUCUGCACUGCGCAGAAUUGCUCACAGACAUUGCACGUGAUGAGUCUGCGUGGCGGAAGGCUACAACGACUGGAGCAGACGCAGGCCGUGGUGCCUUGAUCGAAGGCGCUACAAGCUGGGUUUGUUGGCUCAUGUUCGCUUUCAAGUCUAUCGCUCCUUGGAUGUUCUCCAUGGCUUUCAACACAAAUCUUGUGGUGUUCAACAACCUGAUACCGUUGUCGGUUCUUGGCUUGAUCAUGCUGUCGGUGGCACUAUUUUCGGAGUACCUGCUGAGAUGGCAACCGAAGGGACCACAGCCUUGUGUCUACGGCAAUAUAUCCAAGCUGGCGAGUCUCGUGGACGAGUGGCAUCCACGCAUCUUUUGGGGUGACAAGGGCAUGAUUGACGACAAAGUACGCAGAGCGGGCACCGCUGGCCGGCGCCUCGCGGAUGUCGACAUGUCAAUGCUCUACGCAAAUUUACGAGUCUAAUCACUAUCACGGCGCACAUCAUGGGCAAAAUGUAGUUACCAGCGAGAAAUUGAGACAUUGAAUACGUCGA